AUGAGCAGCACUAACAUCACGCCGCCACUGCGUGCAUCUUGCGAUCGGUGUCGGGCCCAGAAGCUGCGGUGCGUACCAUCAUCGACUUCAGACGCCACAGCGCCGUGCCAGCGAUGCUUGAGAGCGAAGUCGCCAAAGUCAUGCAUAUUUAGCCAGCGCCUGCGGACGGGACGGUCCGUGAAGACUGGGGCCGUAGAUUCACGCCAGGGAGCCACACGCAGAGAGAAAGAAAAGUCGCCUGGGCUGCCAGGGAUGAGUGCCUUUGCGCUAUCCACGCCGCCGCCUUCAGAAUGCGCAGCCGUCGGGAAACAGAAAAAGACAAAUCAGGCGCAUCGUACGCUCUCAAAGCCGUCUCGCAGCAAGGGGCAGCCGAACGGAAUGGACCAUGGGUGUGGGGGCGUUAUAUUGCCGCCGGCCACCACAGCAAAGGAGCCCCUGGAUACGCCGGUAGAGCUCUGGGAUCACGUCGGCAGCAACAAUUCAAUAAUGCAGCCUGCUGAUUUCAUCUUUGACGCAGAUGAGUUCACCGGCUCGCCGGAAAUGAUAUCAGACUAUAACUUUGACGCCAAUGCGUAUCUAGACGUUCAGGAUUUCAUGCCCCCCUUGCCGUACCCUACACCUGCCGGCCUGGAGAUGGAAAUGGAUAUGCUGAUGGCCGAGAAGCCAGGCCCUCUAGUCGACCUAACAACAUUGCUAGCGAAGAUGUCACAUUAUGAGGGCCAGCUGUCGAAGUUACCGGGUGGUGAUCUAGACAACUAUCCCAUUGGCGACGCGCUCUUCCUUUCCCAGCGCUUUUUCACAGUGCUAUCCGAACAUGACCAAGACUCGGUUAAUUUGAUAGGAACCACUUCGCAUCUUGAUAUGCCUACAAAACUGCUCACCUUAUCCUGCUAUAUGACCUUAACUCGCAUAUUUAUAUCCGUAUUUGGAUACCUCCACGAGCGGCUCUGCCAGCUUCCAGAAGCAAAUUUCCAGCAUGACGGAAUGGGGCAUUCAAGCCCAUCCUUGACAGAUAUGCAUGCCUACCGCGGUCUUCGUCUAGGUCAGAUUCAACCGAUUUGUGCAUGUGCUGGAAGGGAGUCCGCUACUCGGGUGAAGAAAGCAGUAUCAAUGUUGCUAGCGUCUCUGGGCGGUGCUGAAGGGGUAUUGGGUCUGCCACCAGACGUGAGAGUGAUCCCCGAUGUGCGCGCAGAUACCCAUACAGGCCGAGGAAUAUCUACAUCACCGGAGCAAGGUGACGAGAUGAUGGUGCUUGAAGAUGGCUUGCUUGUUGAGCUGACGAAUAGCCGCCUGCACAAGGUAGUCGGAGAACAGGCGAGGGAGCUGCGAGAGAAAGUAGACGAAGUGUACGACGUUUUAAAAGGGUUAUUGGAGCUAUAA